UUGGCUGGUAUCGGCUGAUCCCACAGUAAGACCCUCCCCUCGGGAAACAGAAGACUUGAAAUGAUGUUUUAAAGUCUGACUGCAUUCUUCACUGCUGCUUUCUUCACUAUAAUUUCUUCGUAACGUGUGAAAUCCGUGAUAUAUCAACCGCGAGGGUAAAGUGAAAGGCAGGUGCUGUGUACUGUCUCUCUCUUUCUCUUCAUUACUUUCUCACCGAGUACUACACAUGGCCUCUUCACUCCUGACCCGCCAGCUGACCAUCUCCCUUCAGCAAAACCUGCGUCUCAGCACUACAGUUUGCAGAUAUGUCAGCAAAACUGCCACUAAGACCGAGUCAGAGUUUGAAUAUGAUUCCCCUUCAAUGAAAACACAGGUUCCAGGUCCAAGGUCCCAGGAGCUACUGAGACAGCUGGGUGACAUUCAGAAUGUUGGGGCAGUUCAUUUCUUCUGUAACUAUGAGGAGAGCAGGGGGAACUACCUGGUGGAUGUGGAUGGCAAUCGAAUGCUGGAUGUGUACACACAAAUCUCCUCCAUCCCCAUCGGUUACAAUCAUCCGGCUUUAAUGAAAGUGAUGACCAACCCAAACAAUCUGAGUGCGUUUGUCAACCGACCGGCACUUGGUAUCCUGCCGCCGGAAAACUUUCCAGAAAAACUGAUUGAAAGUCUUCUGACGGUCACCCCCAGCGGGAUGACCAGAGUGCAGACGAUGGCCUGUGGAUCCUGCUCCAAUGAGAAUGCUUUUAAAGCCAUGUUCAUUUGGUACAGAAAUAAAGAGAGAGGACUUAGUAACCCAUCUGAAGAGGACAUUGGCUCCUGCAUGAUCAACCAGAGUCCUGGAUGCCCAGAUUUAAGCAUAUUGUCUUUUAUGGGUGGUUUUCAUGGCAGGACUUUAGGUUGCCUGGCCACAACACAUUCAAAAGCCAUUCACAAACUGGACAUACCAUCGUUCGACUGGCCCAUUGCCCCCUUCCCGAGGCUGCAGUAUCCUCUGGAGGAGUUUGUAAGGGAGAAUGCACAAGAGGAGGCUCACUGCCUAGAGGAGGUGGAGGAUCUGAUCAUAAAGUGGAGGCAGAAGGGCAAACCAGUGGCUGGUAUUGUGAUUGAGCCCAUCCAGGCCGAGGGAGGAGACAACCACGCCUCGCCUGACUUCUUCAUCAAACUCCGCAAUAUUGCACAAAAGCAUGGCUGUGCUUUCCACGUGGAUGAAGUCCAGACAGGUUGCGGAGCUACGGGCAAGUUCUGGGCACAUGAGCACUGGGGUCUGGAUGACCCUGCCGAUGUGGUCUCUUUCAGCAAGAAGAUGCUUACAGGAGGAUAUUUUCACAAAGAUGAACUGCAGGCAGACAAACCCUACAGGAUUUUCAACACGUGGAUGGGAGACCCGUCAAAGAAUCUGUUAUUAGCUGAAGUGCUGAAUGUGAUCAGGCGUGAGAACCUUCUGGCGGAGGUGGCGCGCUCGGGGAAGGCUCUUUUGGAGGGGCUUUACGCACUGCAGGCCCAGUACCCUCAUAUCCUGAGCAGCGCCCGCGGUCAGGGAACAUUCUGUGCCAUUGACGCCUAUAACGGUACCGUCCGUGACAGUAUUAUGCUCAAAGCCAGGAACAAAGGUGCUUUUCUGGGUUCCUGCGGAGAAAAAGCCAUCCGUUUCCGUCCUGCUCUUAUCUUCAAGGAGUACCAUGUUCACCAGGUCCUCAACAUACUAAAUGACGUCCUGGCUGAACAUAAAUAGAUGCUUGAUGUCCAGAUUGGCUAUGAUAAGGAAACGUAGGCGUCCGAGCCCACUGUGGGUUUAUAUAGCCUGUGAGAAAUCAUCACAAACUGGGUUUACUCUUCUUUUUAUAUUUCUAAUUUAAAUGGAUCUAAUUUAAAUCUUUUUAAUUUGUCAAAAACUUACGUUUUACGAUCGAGAAUAGACGUCCUAUCUGGAAAAACCCAAUGAAUCCAAGGCGCUCAGAUUUACUUUAAAAAGCCAAAAUAGUAUUGCGCACUUCAUGCUCAACUCGUUCACAUGUGAACUUUAAAUGAGGUCACUGAGGACCAAAGAGUUCACAAGAUCUGUCCCAAGACAUUUCGUAAUAAAGCAAUACAGAGAAUGCAGAAAUAGGACAGGAUUUCGAACUGCAAUAUCACCGCUUCCCUUUAUAAUUCACAAACAGUCAUUAUCCAGGACUUUUAAUGUUAAAAUACAAAUGUGUAUGAGCAAGAAAUGAAAGCUAUAGUCUUACAGUAUUUUUGUUUAUGGAGAUGAAACUUGUGAAACGGCUGUUCUGGAAAUUGUUUAUAGAGUGUAAUUUUGCAAGAUUUUCAGAAUAUAAUGGUAUAUUUUCUGAAAUCAAAGCAUAUGUGAGAGUUUUAAAGUGGUCUGGAGAGAGACGGUGGAAAGGUGGAAAAGUGAUGGAACCUCUAUUAAUGUUUUAAUACAACACCUAUUGAUCUGAUGUACACUAUGUACAGCAACUUAAGCAAUCAGUUCCCUUGAUUUGAAGUGGUUCCUUUGUCUUAUACUCUGAAGAUGUUGAUUCAACUUAAAAUUAUUGUCGCUAGCACAAAACCUAAUAAAGCACAUGCAGGUUAUGCGAGGGUUGAUGUGUUUUACAGCUGUGUCAAAACUCCUAUAGCAUCGACAGUGUUACACAACCACAGAAGGCCAUAAAUCUGCAUAAAACGGUCAACCUUGAGCUCGGGGCAGCUCAUUUUAUUGUCCACCCAGCUCAGGUGAACACGAUCCCCUCAUUCUGCUGGAACAAAGACGCACAAGCUCACUUAAACAGAUACAGCUAGCAAGCCUUUAACCGUUUCAGUUUUUGGGGGCGAUUCUCCCGUUGUGGGUGAACGUGGCUGUGGACUGUCAUUUGAUUUUGUACUUGCUAUGUAGUUAGAUUACCGUAUGCAAUGCUUACUGUUUUCACGAUUAUGAAGGCCAUAUUUAGUUUCUGCCACAAUCAUGGUUCUUUUAUUUAAACUGACAUUAAUAUGUAUAAAAUAACAUUGCGUUGAACAUUGUGAUUUGUGACCCAUGUGUCUGUGUAAUGUAAAGUGUAGUUCUGGUUUUAAUUCCUUAUUAAAUGUCAUUGAAUGUUGCUUUUAAUGUUGUGGACAGAAGUACAAGUGUCAAAGCUUUGCUGUCUGUACUUGGUAAACUCUGUACUGCAUAGAGAUCUGUGUAUUGUUGAUUAACAACUAUAUAAAGUUUUACACUGUUGUGUGUCAUAAAAAUAUGUAUUUCUACAUAAAUGUCGUUUGAGGAAAUUAUAGAAUAAAUCUCAAAAUAAAUCUUACUUUUUUGAUUAA